CCAAUGAAUCCAAGGGCCUCUAUGUUGCUUUGUGGGAUUAAGCGGCUUUGAAUGCACUAUUUGCUUCCUUCUUGUGAGCCUAAAACCAGUUGAUUGAACGCAGAAAGCAAAACAAGAAGAAACUUCUUCCUUGCUGUCUUUCAGUCACUCUCUCGUUUACACGCGCGCACAGCUGGGAGUUUCAGAUAUCGCUUUUUUUUUUCUUUCCUUCCUGUUUUCUCCCGCCCAGCUGGUAGCUUUUCCGCUGGAGAACGAAGAACGCAAAGAAAGAGUCUUUUUCAUUGAAGUUUAACGCGGGAUCUGCCAAACGCACAGAAUCAAAUCAAAGGUCUCGUCUUUGCUACACUGAGCUUCAUUGCUUCGCAACUCGAGUACUGAAAAAUGUGAUCGAGAAGUUAUUUUUGAAACAGACAAUUUUCCAAAGCGGCUGCUUUGAGCUUCAUUUUCCCUUCUAGAUUCUUGAAUCCUCCUCCAAAAAAGAACCUUUUUUGUCUCUUUGAAGCUUGCAUUUGUACUAUGAGGUGAAAUUUAAAGUACAAAAGAAUUGAUUUGGGAAUGUGCGACCAUUAGAUAAAAUACAUCUGGGAAGAAAACGGAGAUUCUUGGAUUUUCUUAUCUUUUCUUCGGUUCUUAGGUUUUGAUGCUUGAAAUGUCAAGAGGAAGUCUGGAGAUGCGUUCACUUGCUCUGACCCCUACUUGGUCAGUUUCAACUGUGCUAACCAUUUUUGUAUUUGUCUCUCUGCUCGUGGAGCGUUCUAUCCAUCGGUUGAGCUCUUGGUUGAAGAAGACCCACAGAAAUCCACUAUUUGAAGCUUUGGAGAAAAUGAAAGAAGAAAUGAUGUUACUUGGAUUUAUAUCACUUUUGUUGGCAGCCACUUCAAGAACAGUUUCAAACAUUUGUAUCGAUUCAAUGUUCUAUAAUAGUAAAUUCUCCCCUUGUAAAAAAUCAGAGGUAGAAGACACUACAGAUUUCGAAACCGUAUCACCUCAUGUUGAUAGGAAGCUUAUGGAUUUAUCUCUUCAUCAUUUCCUAAGGAGAAUUUUGAGUGAUACUGAAAAGACAUGUCAAGAGGGCCAUGAGCCUUUUGUUUCAUAUGAAGGUCUGGAGCAACUCCACCGGUUUAUAUUUGUCAUGGCUAUAACCCAUGUAUCCUAUAGUUGCUUAACUAUGUUACUGGCCAUAGUGAAGAUUCAUACUUGGAGGCAUUGGGAAGAAGAGGCUCAUAAGGAUCCUUAUGAUUCAUAUGAUGAAAUCACAAGAGCACUAACAAUGAGGAGGCAGUUAUCAUUUGUGACGGCUCAUACUUCAAAACCUUGGAGCAGAAACAGCUUUGUCAUAUGGGUGACAUGUUUCUUUCGUCAAUUUGGACGGUCUGUGGUGCGGGCUGAUUACCUUACACUGCGCAGAGGUUUCAUUAUGAACCACAAUCUUACAGCAAGAUAUGAUUUCCAUAGCUAUAUGAUACGCUCAAUGGAGGAAGAAUUCAAGAUGAUUGUUGGUGUUAGUGUACCUUUAUGGGGAUUUGUAGUGGCUUUCAUGUUGUUUAAUGUAAAUGGUUCUAACCUUUACUUUUGGAUAGCUAUUAUACCUAUCACUCUUGUACUUAUAGUUGGUGCAAAGCUGCAGCAUGUAAUUGCCACUCUAGCACUGGAGAGUGCAGGCAUAACUGAAAAUUUAACCAGCUCUAGAUUAAAGCCUAGAGAUGCCCUUUUUUGGUUCAAAAAACCUGAACUUUUGUUAUCUCUGAUCCAUUUCAUUCUUUUCCAGAAUGCAUUUGAACUGGCUUCAUUUUUCUGGUUCUGGUGGCAGUUUGGGUAUGAUUCUUGCUUUCUCAGGAACCAUUGGUUGGUGUAUGCGCGUCUCAUAUUAGGGUUUGCUGGACAGUUCCUUUGUAGUUACAGUACAUUGCCUCUCUAUGCAUUAGUCACUCAGAUGGGAACAAACUACAAGGCUGCACUAAUACCACACAGGAUUAGAGAGACAAUGCAUGGUUGGGGCAAAGCCGCAAGGAGAAGGAGAAAGCACCGGCGAGGGAUAUCUGAAUCAACAAUACAUACAGAAACAAACACGAUUGACUCAAUUGAAGAAGAUGACCAAGACCUGUUCGAGGAAUCCACCGAAAACCAGUAUGUGCAAAUUGAGUUGCAGCCAGCUACUAUCAUUGCUACAAACGCUACUGUAACUCCAAUGGCCAGUGAUCAUUCUACAAUUCAUAGCUUAGAAUCCAUCCAUGGAGGUGCCAGUGUGCCGCUGCUGAAAUCAUCUUUCUCGGUUCCGUCUUCGCCGUUACUCUCUGGACGGGGAAGAAAGAUUUCUAGAUCAGCUUCAAUGCCUGCAUGGGGACUAUGA